GCUAGAGCUAAACCUCGACAAUCAGACAUGACCCUGUAAUAUCCUGUAUCCCUAAUUCCAAGCGCAAAUUGAUCCAUACGGUGGCCAACUUUGAGUGCCCUACGUCCCUUAACUAUCGUUCUAUUCUUCUGUAGAUUGUCCCAAUCUACAUCAUCGACAUAAUGGUCCAUUUAGCAAAACACGGACACCACUGACUAGGACAGGCGGUGGAGCGCAUGCCGUGGUGUUGCGCCAGCAGGCACUGUAAGAGGCGCCAUCGCUGCUAGCGUGCUCUUUUGGCAACGAUGGUUGACCUGCAGCGCAUCCCGGCGCAUGGGGGGCGGAGCCAAGGCGCACGAUUGCUAGCUGCGCAUAAGGACAAGGGUGGCGGUGGCAGGCUUCCAGGACUUGCUGCAGGCACUCCAGCAUACCGUGGAGUUGCAUCAGCCAAUCCUCCGCCCUUUUCAGGGACCCUCGUGCCACCAAGUCCCGCGGUCCAGGGCAUGCCUUCGCGUCGGGACGGUUCUGGGUCCGGAAGGGAUUCUGCGGACGCAAAAGGUGGAGGGAGCCCAGACCCCUACGAGUUAAUUGUUGAUGAUGAGGAGGAGGAAAGGGAUCGCGCGCGUCCCGCAACCACCGGCAAGAGCUUGGGCUUGACGGUAGGCAAGCGCACCGGAGGGCCCAUGUCCGGCACCGAGGUCAAGAAGCAGGCCCAGAUCCAUUCGCUCUUUUCCCAACAGCAUAAGCGGAUCCACGCCAGUCGUCUGACUCCAGCUGGCAUGGUGAACCUUGGGAACACGUGCUACCUCAACUCGGUGGUGCAGGUGCUGCUAAGAAUGCCCUCCUUUACGUCCGACCUGCUGCGUCCCUCCCUGGAGCGCCUGCGGGAGCACCUGCCGCCAGCUGGCGUGUGGAGCGCACUGCUGGCCACCCUCGACAAACUGCGCUCGGCUUCUACCUCGCGCCUCUCUUUCGACAGCCGCAAGCCGGCAGUGGAGCCCGCUGCGCUGCGGGCUGCCAUGGGUCGCCGCGGCAGGCGGUGGCGCAGCUACGCGCAGCAGGACGCGCACGAGUUCCUGGUGGAGCUGCUGGAGGGGCUGCAGAGCGAGGUGCUGGGGGCGGAGGCCGCUGUCACGGGCUGUAAGCGCGUGCGGCUCUCCUCUACGAGCUGCCCCGUUGCCCGCAACCUGGGCGGCUGCCUGGUGCACACGUGGACCUGCUCCGGCUGCGGCCGCUGCAGCCGCUCCAAGGAGCCCUUCAGCUGCCUCAGCCUGCAGCUGCCGGCAUCUGGGUCGGUGACACUGCAGGAUCUGGUGGCUGAGUACCUUAAGGACGAGACCAUCCACAAGAACUGCGACGGCUGUUCGCCGGCGGCGGCGGUCGCCCACACCGUGCAGCACCGCAUGUGGCGCCUGCCCCGUGUGCUGGUGGUGCACAUCAAGCGCUUCAUGCCGCUGCUGCAGCCGCCCCAGCCGCCCCAGCGAGCAUCUCACCCGCCGCACCCCGAGCUGCCAGGGAGACAAGGCGAGGCCGCGAAACUUGCGGCGGAGGCUGAGCUUGCGGCGAGCGACCCAGAGGACUCCCAGACGGCCAAGGCGGCCGAGGGCAGUGCCCCAGGAACUCACACACGUGACGACGCGGGUCGUCACCAGCCAAAAGCGGGCCCGGUCCCUGCUGGGCCCGGGCCCGGCACCUGCACACCAGCACCGCCGCAGCCUGCGAAAGCGCCCGCUUCUCGUGAGGCCAGCCCCCAGGCACCGUACCUGUAUGCCAAGCUUCACACGGCGGUGGAGGUGUCGGCGUCGCUCGACCUGUCGCGGCACUGCGACACCGGAGCUCGCGCCCAUGUGCAUCUGUUGGAGGGGCUGCCACCAUCUGCUCUCACGCGUGGGACUGCCAAUGCGGCAACAGUCGACGCCACUGCCAACGCCGACGCUGCCAGCAAGCCGCAAGUCACGCCCGGCGGCGCCACUCUCGACACGGCCGGCGGGGCCUCCACCUGUCCCAGCCCCUCCUUCCAGCCCAACAGGUCUGCGCUGCAGGAGCGCACCGUGCAGCAGCCGGGACGUCCGCAGCAGCUGCAGCACUCACGACUGGGACUAACGCCAGGCCGACCCAUGGGUCAUUGUGACCCGCAUGAGAGCGAGUGCGGCACGAGUGCCAUGAGCACUGGCCACCAGGCGGACGGCGAGCCCACUCCGCAUGGAGGCAAAGCACCCCCACCACUGUCAGCGCAGCGCGGACGAGACCAGCAGCAGGCGCAACGAGCGGCUGGCCGACAAGACGCCGACGACGCCGACGGGGGUUUAUUUGGGUUCGUUAGGGCGCAACAAGACAAGCCAAAGGUGCCGCGCAGCUGUCCCGCACGGGCGACCACGACGCCUGCAGUGGCACUUGGUACGCCACAUGGGCUGUGGCGGCCAGCAGGCGAUGAGGACAGCCUGGAAGCCAGCCAGCCAACUCCCGUCGUACAGGCGGCGUCCCGUCGUCGUCAGAGCAACCAGACGGGAAAUGACGAAGCGGGGCUGCAGCAGCAGCAGCCUGGUAGCAUCUCCCGUCGCCCUCUUUGCAGUGCGUCGUGCCUUAAUACGGCGGAGGCUGUAGCGGCAGCUAUGGCAUGCUCUGGCCGCAAGGGGCCAAAGUCCCUCGCGACGGGCCGCUUCUUCGGACCAGGCGGCGGCAACCCUAGAAGCACGCCUGGCGAGAGCUUGGCUGGCGGUUGUGGUGGCGGCGGCGGCGUUGGCGGUGGCGGCGAUGAACAGGAUCGGCCACGCAAGCGUGUCUGCGUUGAUGACCUACCGGGGCCAUCCGGGGGCAGGCGGGUGCCAGGCACAGCUGCUGGGACAGCGCAGCAAGCCAAGAUGUCCCCGCGGCUAGAAAACCUGACGGAAGAGGAGCAACUUGAGUUGGCCCUGCGGCUGAGUCUAGAAGACGGAGCCUUGGCAGCAGCAGCAGGGGCUGGCGGCACCAGCAGUGACGCCCGCGGUCACAACACCGGCAGCGCUGGAAAGAGGCACGACCAGGGCCUCCUUACUGCAACAGCAGCUGGUUCCAGCCUGCCUGGUUCCGGAGCGGCCCCCAUGCUGGACCUCUCCGUGCCCACAGCUGCUGCCGGGCGAGGGAGCGUCGGCUUGGCUGCAGCCGCGGCAACACCCAACAAACACCGUGCUUCCGCCAGCAGCGACAGCGCUGGUGAUGCGAUGGCUGUUUGCGGGGGUGGUCGUCAUUGCGCGGCAUGGAAGCCUGAGCGAGAGUCCCCACCCGGCCGUGACCGUGGCCAUGGCAGCGUCUGCACUGCUGGGGAGGAUGACGGGGAUGAGCAGCAGGUGGUGGAGCUGCAGGAUGAGAGCCCAGGGGGCAUCGGCGUUGGAGGCGGGAAGGCGGGAAGGCGCAGCAAAGCGGAGCGUCGCCGUGAUUCGAGGCCUCCGGGCUCGAACGCCGCCUUGUCAGGAGCGAGCGGCAGCAGCGGCGAGAAUGACGGGGACCAUGACAGCGACUGUGUUGGGACUGCUCCCGGUGCCAGCGACGGCGGUGCCACUGUGGAACGCUGUCGCAUGGAUCGCCGCCGUAUCGCCCGCAAACGCCGGCACCUCACCUACCCUGCCGUGGAGGUGCCAGACUACGCCGAGUCUCCUGCCGUACCGCCAAUCCAUUGCCGGCGUGUCGACGGCGGAGGUGACAACGUCGUACAGUACGUGGGCGAUGACGAGGAUGACGGUACGACAGCACAGUCGCCCAUUACGGCAGGCCGUCAGCGGUACGCGGGGGGUGGCGUCAGGAAUGCAGGGACCAUGGCAGAUGGUCGGACCGAGGGGCCUGACGAGGGCGACGAUGCCGCCGGGGGUGGAGAGGCAGCUGCCGCUGAUGACGAGGAGGAGAUGCGGGAGGUGAUGCGGCUAAGCAUGGAGACCUUUGCAAAGGAGGAGGCCGCGAGAAAGGCGCGACACAACAGCUGCGGUGGUGGUGCAACGACGGGGGUUGAGGAUACCUGGCAGAAGGUGCUCAGCCUGCCGGACGCAGAUCAGGAGGCCCAGGAGCCGCUCAUGCAGCAGACGGCGUGUGACACACGGCAUGCGGGAGGGAUGGACGCGUUGGCUGCUGUAGCAGGGCUUUGCGCCCAGGAGCACGGCAGCGGUGCCAAGGGAGGCCCUUCCUCAGGUGCCGCGGGCAACCAACUCGGUAGUGUUGGGCGGCGCCGGCAAGCGUCACCGCGCAAGACAGAUGCCGGCCCAAGCGCGGAGGUUGGUGCGGCUGGUCAGGAGGACUUUCGGUUCAACUUUGUGACGCAGGGCAACGGUGACGGCGAUGAUAGCGCGAAGGGCGUCAUUGACCUGACCAGCGACUGCGCCGGCGUUGACGAUGAGGAUGCGGAGUUGAACAAAGCCAUCUUGCUGAGCCUGCAGGAACAGGAGCAGCAGUGGAUGGACGUGGGGUCGGAUGACGGCGCCAACAAUGCGGGUGGAGUGGAUGCCGAUGCUGCAGCUGGCGGCGGCAGCGGCAGCGACGGUGACAACGCCAAAGCUGCGAAGCCAAAGGUGGCGCUCAUUGCUGACAGCGACUGCGAGGAGGGGGCCGUUGAGGAGGCCGCCGAGGCUGGCAAGACCACGAUUCCGGCCACUUCUGGCGCCGCCGUCACACAGCAGGUCGAGGCGUCUCCCUCCGAGCGGGCGCGGCUCAGCGGCGGCGGCGGCUCCACCUCCAGCGUGCCGUUGUCUCAGUUGGCGCGCUACCGGUUGCAUGGUGUGGUCCGCCACAAGGGCCUUACGCCCUACUCGGGCCACUACGUUGCCGAUGCGCUGGUCGUGACGGAGGACCGAGACCACCGGGAACAGGAGAUGUGGUUUGAGCACAACGACUCGGUCGUUAGCCACGUGGACUUCUCACGCGUGCGGGAGGACGCGGCCAAGCAGGGAUACAUGCUGUUUUUUGUGAACGCAGGCACGCGCGCGGUCGUCUCCCCCAGCAUGGUGGCGGCCGCAGCAGAGGUUCCCUUGCCGGAUGACGUUACGCCAGGUGCGGCGAAGUCCGCGUAGCAGGAGUUUCAGGAGCAGUGCCGGGGUGUCACUUCAGGAUGGAGAAAUCCGUGGGUGCAAAUUCUCAAGCGCGCAAGGGAAGUUACGACAUGGCGUGAACUUGUGGGGUACUGUGGGGAGGCUUGGGCAUGAUGACGCGGCUGCCACGCAGCACGACUCCGUGCAGGGUGGGGCAGGGGGCUGGGGGCAGGGAGCUGGUAGCCACCGGAUAGUUACCUAGGUAUCGUGUGGUGUCUAGAUAGGCUUGUCCGGCAGGUAUGAAUGAGCGACCGUAACAAUUGUAUGUGUCUUGUGACAGCAGGCAGGAGUGGUGCAAGUGCGAGGCAGGGGUGGUGCUCGUUUGCGCUGGCAUUGGCACAGAAGAGAUGCAUUGUAUGGCCCUGAUACCUAAACACGGGGAAAGGGCGGAGGUUCCUUUGGCCAUCAUGCACAAAAGAAUAAACACAAGAGCAUCUUAGCGAUGCGAUACGAUGAGAUACGAGCAAAAGCACGUAAAUUUUAAGCACUUAUUACAUGUGCCGGGUUUGUGUCG